AUGGAGUUGGUAAGACUUUGGGCGCCAUCAGCCCCACCUCCAAAAACAGGCUGGCAGCUUGCCCUUGCUGCCCAAUGGAGGGUUUCUCUUCUGGGGUACCAAGCACACACUAGCAGGGGCAAACGUACCUUUCUCCUUCUGUGCGUGCUAGCCGGGAAGUUCUUCCUGUGGUCCAACCUUCACCCCUCCAGAUGCCUUAUCUACCACCCCACGCCAGUCUUGGCCACCCUGAGGACCAGGAACACAUUUUGAGUAUUUCUGUCUUAGUUUUCCUAAUAUGUACUAAGCACCUAUCCACAUGCUAAGCACUGCAUAAGAACAUGACAUAUUCUGGGUGGCUCAGUGGGUUAAGGCUUCUGCCUUCAGCUCGGGUCAUGGUCUCAGGAUCCUGGGAUCGAGCCCCGAGUAGGGCUCUCUGCUCAGUGGGGAGCCUGCUUCCUCCUUUCUCUCUGCCUGCCUUUCUACUUGUGAUCUCUGUCUAUGAAGUAAAUAAAUAAAAAAUCUUUUUUUAAAAAGAACAUAUGUUAACUCCUCUAACCCUUACAUAUCCAAUUGUACGAGGUAGAUGUUCUUACCCUAUCUUGAUGAGGAAACUGUGAUACAGAGAGGGUAAGUAAUUUACCUAAGACCACACAGCUGGCGCCAGGGAGGGGGUUAAGGGCCCCUGGGGAUUCAGAUCCACUGGGGCCGUGUGGCUCAUGUCUGCCCUUACCACAGCUGCCUGUGUUGGGGGUCAGGGUUCCUGAGUAGUUUGGGCUGGCCUGAAUUAGAAGUGGGGAGGAGAAAACGGGUGCCCCCUGAGUGUUCCUCCUUCCCAACUGAGUCUUCCAUCACCUGCCAGAAGGGUGGGCGCCUCUGUAACCUUAGUCCCUGGGAAGGUGGCAGAGAGGUCCACCUCGCUGCAGCGAGGGACAGAGAGUCCUGGGCCUGCACACGCGGCCUCUGAAGCAAGGUGGGAGAAGGUACGGGAGACCAUCUGCUCGUGGGCCUGGGGAGAGCUAGGGAAGCCGAAACAUCCCGACCUCGGAGGCUCUGCCCAGUGCCCCUCCCAGUUCCCAGUUCCCCAUUCCCAGAGGACAGCCUCCACGCUGGGAGCAAGUCUUCUCUGUGUCAGACUCUGGCCCAAGCAUUUUCACUUUCAGCAAUUCUGAGUCCACAGACAGGCUACUUGUCCAAGGUCACUUAGGCAAUAACUGGGGGAAUGAGGAUUUGAACCCAUGCAGUCUGGCCAUGGUGGAGCCCCACGGAGGGGUGAAGAGCCCAGGGUAACAUAGUCACAGGCUCAGAGCUAGGAGCUGCAGGCUCCCUUCCAGCUGGAGGAAAAGCAAGGACGCCUGACUCUUAGCCAGCCAGGGGCGGAGCAGAGGUGGAGCUAGGGAGACCCAGGUGGCCUCUGAAAACCCGAGCAGAGGCGGCAGAGUGCCCUGGAGCAGCAUGCAGCAGAGCUGGGGGCCAGCACUGCUCAUCCUGGCAGCAGUGGUCCUCGUGGAGGGUGAGCCACCGCGGGUCUUCAAGCAGCUCGGCCCGUUUGUGGGCAGCGUGGCCCUGGCCCCCCUGAGCCUCAGGAGGGCAUCACAGUACCUGGCGAGUGGCCAUGGCAAGCGAGUGUGAGGCGGCAGGGGGUCCACCUCUGCAGCGGGACCCUGGUGGCAGAUACCUGGGUCCUCACUGCUGCGCACUGCUUUGAAAAGGCAGCAAUGACAGAACUGAACUCCUGGUCAGUUGUCCUGGGUUCUCUGCAACGUGAGGGGCUGAGCCCAGGGGCCGAGGCGGUGGGGGUGACAGCUCUGCAGCUGCCAAGGGCCUAUAACCACUACAGCCAGGGCUCGGACUUGGCCCUGCUGCGGCUCGCCCGGCCCACGGCCCGCACACCCCUCUGCCUGCCCCAGCCCACCCAUCGCUUCCCUUUCGGGACCUCCUGCUGGGCCACAGGCUGGGAUCAGGACACCAAUGGUGCUCCCAGGACUCUGCGGAAUCUGCGCCUGCGUCUAAUCAGCCGCCCUACCUGUAACUGUCUCUACAACCGGCUGCACCAGCGGCUGCUGGCCAGCCCAGCUCGACCUGGGAUGCUGUGUGGGGGUGCCCAGCCUGGGGUGCAGGGUCCCUGUCAGGGAGAUUCUGGGGGCCCCGUGCUGUGCCGUGAGCCUGAUGGACACUGGGUUCAGGCUGGGAUCAUCAGCUUUGCAUCAAGCUGUGCCCAAGAAGACACCCCUGUGCUGCUGACCAGCACGGCUGCUCACAGCUCCUGGCUGCGCGCUCGAGCUCAGGGGGCGGCCUUCCUGUCCCAGAACCCGGGGACCCCGGAGAUGAGCGACGAGGACAGCUGUGUAGCCUGUGGGUCCUUGAGGAGAGGCGGCCCCCAGGCAGGAGCCCCCUCCCCAUGGCCCUGGGACGCCAGGCUGAUGCACCAGGGGAAGCUGGCCUGUGGAGGAGCCCUGGUGUCGGAGGAGGUGGUGCUGACGGCCGCCCACUGCUUCAUCGGGCGCCAGACCCCAGGAGAAUGGAGCAUCGGGCUGGGGUCCGGACUGGAGGAGCGGGGCCUGAAGCAGCUCACCCUGCAUGGGGCCUACACCCACCCAGAGGGGGGCUAUGAUGUAGCCCUCCUGUUGCUGGCCCAACCCGUGACACUGGGCCCCAGCCUUCGGCCGCUCUGCCUGCCCUAUUCUGACCACCACCUGCCUGAUGGGGAACGCGGAUGGGUCCUGGGGCUGCCCCGCCCAGAAACAGGCACCAACUCCCCUCAGACAGUGCCUGUGACCCUCUUGGGACCCAGGGCCUGUAGCCGGCUGCGCACAACUCUCGGGAGCGACAGUGCCCCCAUUCUGCCAGGCAUGGUGUGUUCCAGUGUCGUGGGUGAGCCGCCCCGCUGUGAGGGCCUGUCUGGGGCACCACUGGUGCACGAGGUGAGGGGCACAUGGUUCCUGGCUGGGCUACACAGCUUUGGAGAUGCCUGCCAGGGCCCCGCGAGCCCUGCAGUGUUUGUGGCGCUUCCCGCCUAUGAGAACUGGGUCAGCAGCUUGGACUGGCAGGUCUACUUUGCGGAGGAGCCUGAGCCCGAGGCCGAGACUGGAAGCUGCUCAGCCAACACAAGCAAACCAGCCGGCUGUUGACAGGUGGCUCUGGGAUGCUGCUGCAGACACAGUCAGACAAUUUCUGAGUCACCACCCAUGUCCCUCUCCUGGAGUCCCUGCCUGCACAGGAUUCCAGGCACCAGGGCAGGCCCACCGGUCCCGUGAGCUCAGCGCUGGAGCCCUCCUGGACCGGCGGCUGCCCUCACUCCCAACCCCUGCAGGACAGGGAGAUGUCGUCUGCAGGAUGCUCCCCGACACACUCAGCCCUGCUGUCCGGCGCAGGCGUCCCCAGCCUUCCCUAUUCUUCAGACCCAGAUAGGAUCACACCAGUCACUUACUUUGAAAAUUCGAGGGUUUUUUUUGGGGGUGGGGGCAAUUUGCCUUUUUUUUUUUUUU